UAGCCUGCAAAAAGAAACGAAAAAAAAAGUUUGAUGCUCAUGACCGUCAUGUCCUCCUCCACUUCCUCUUCUUCAGUUGCUAGCACUGCUGCUACAAAUGUCGUUUUUGAGAUUGGAAAAUACAAGGUGGUGCUCCAAAGAGCUGAACCAGAGACUACAUGCAGCACCAAGUCCUCAAAUAUUCCAGUUCCACCUCCAAAGCCUCUUCUGAUUGGCAUGCCUUGUGAAGCUGGAGAAUUCCCUCUCUUGCUGCUCCUCCAUGGUUACCUUCUCUCCAACUCUUUCUACUCUCAGCUUAUCCAACACAUCGCUUCUCAUGGCUUCAUUGUCGUUGCCCCUCAGUUAUAUACAAUAGCUGGACCAGAUUCAACAGGUGAGAUCAAGUCUACAGCGGCAAUAACAAAUUGGUUAUCUGAAGGACUUCAGUUCUUGCUUCCACCCCAUGUUCAGGCAAAUCUAAGCAAGCUAGCACUUGCCGGCCACAGCCGUGGAGGCAAAGUCUCUUUUGCACUAGCAUUCGGGCAAGAAGGAAACACUAAUCGAAAGUUUUCAGCCUUAAUAGGCAUUGACCCAGUUGAUGGAAUGGACAAAGGGAAACAAACCCCUCCACCAGUACUAACCUAUGUUCCUCAUUCAUUUGAUCUUGAUAUGGCAGUGAUGGUGAUUGGUUCUGGUUUGGGUGAGGUGAAAAGGAACCCUCUGUUCCCUCCUUGUGCUCCAAAAGGUGUUAACCAUGAGGACUUCUUCAACGAAUGCCAAAAACCAGCAUGUUAUUUUGUGGCAAAGGAUUAUGGUCAUCUUGAUAUGCUGGAUGAUGAAACCAAGGGGAUCAGAGGGAAAUCUACAUACUGUGUGUGCAAAAAUGGAAAGUCAAGGGAACCCAUGAGGAAGUUUGUUGGAGGGGUUGUGGUUGCAUUCCUUCAAGCUUAUUUAGAAGGUGAUAGUAGCCACUUAACGGCUAUAAAAGAUGGGCUUGAUGAGACUGUGCCAGUAGAGCUUCAAAUUGUUAAAUUUAAUUUAUGAAGUUUAGGAGCUGUGUUCAAAAAGCAAUAGAAAAAGAUUAAGCUGUAGUUUCCCAAAACAAACUUAAUUUCUUUAUAUAUGUUACUUGCUCAGUUUGCUCCAUUAUAAAUCU